GAGAUGUCCGAUGCCGAGUCGGAGGAUGCCGAGAUCGGCGCCGAUGCCCCGAGCGCCAGUCCCCUGCCGGAGUUUAUCGAGGUGAUCCAAAGCCACAAGCGAGUGGCAUCGAAUGACGAGGACGGUAACCAGCACGAGUGGAGCCUUCGAUUGCGAGAAGGAGCGCAGCAGAUUGUGCAGGAGGUCCUGUGGCGACUCCACCCGACUUUCCGCAAGCCCGACGUGAAG